AUUUUUACUGACUUGUAACAUCACACGGGUAAGAAUGUUGAGACUUCUUAUACUAGCGGCACUCGUCCUCUGCGGACAAUGCUUUGAUGAUGUCAAGUAUUUGGAGGGAAAUACUCGUGUGGUAGGAGGAUCAAAUGCUCAACAAAAUGCCUGGCCAUGGCAGAUUUCCCUUCAGUAUCAGUCUGGAAGCAGCUGGUAUCACACCUGUGGAGGUUCUCUGAUCCGUGCUAACCGUGUCCUGACCGCUGCUCACUGUGUAGACAGAACUGUUCCCUUCCGUGUGUCUCUGGGAGAUCACAACCUGAGUACAAAUGAAGGAACUGAGCAGGUCAUUUCUGUAUCCAAAAUUGUAAAACAUACUGGCUGGAACUCCAACAAUGUGGCAGCUGGAUACGAUAUUGCAAUCCUUCAUCUGGCCGCAAGUGCCACCCUGAACAACUAUGUAAAGCUGGCAACACUGCCCAGUGAUGGCUCUGUCCUCUCCAACAACCACCCUUGCACCGUUACUGGAUGGGGCAGAACCACAACUGGUGGAUCCCUUCCCUCAAUCCUCCAGCAGGCCCCUCUGCCUGUGGUCGCCCACUCAACCUGCUCCACCAGUUCCUACUGGGGCAGCACCGUCAAGACCACCAUGGUUUGCGCCGGUGGUGAUGGAGUAACUGCUGGAUGCAAUGGAGAUUCUGGCGGACCUUUGAAUUGUGCGGUCAGCGGAGUUUACCAAGUCCAUGGUAUUGCUAGCUUUGUGUCCUCUCUUGGAUGUAAUGCUUACCUCAAACCAACAGUGUUCACCAGAGUUUCUGCCUACAUCUCCUGGAUCAAUGCUAAUGUCUAAAAUGCUUUGAUAUGAAAACUACUUUGAAACUCAUUUGAGAACAUCUUUAAAAACAUUUUGUUAAAUUUGAUUUUGCAAGCAACAUCCUAAUAAAGAAAAAUGUAUGUAUUUUGUUGCAGUGGUCAUUCAAUAUUUUCAAUUCUUUUGUAUAGAUGCUUGCAGUUGGUAUGUAGCUCAAGUAGUAUAUACUAAGUUUCUAACAGAAUUGGACAUUCUGCCAAAGUGAUGCUUCUGAUAGAAAGAUUAAAAGGCACACACCCCUUCUGCUGAUUUUCAUUCCAUGAAUAGGAAAUAAAAAUUACCUGAAUGA